GGUAAAUUUUUACUAUUUUUUCUGUUAAAUGCAUUUGAAUGCUUUAUUUAUUUUGAAAGUUUACUUUUUCCGCAUAUUACAGUUAAAGAAUCUCUUGUUUCUUUGAGUUCAUGUGUGUAUGUGUGAUGUUGCAUUCUGCGUUGGUCUAGACGGUGUUAUGAUGAAUAGUGUUCAUAUCUUGUCUUUAUUCUUAAGUUCUUAAUAUUUAGGAAUGUUUGUGAUGCCUAUUGCAAUGAACAAGAACGAUGAUGAAGAAGAAGAGAGUAGAAAGAAAGAAAGAAAUGGGAGGAAAGAUUAUAAUGUUUAUUCAAUAUUCAAGUCUAAUUCAUUACACUCAAGGAUCCUCAUUUUAUAGGUUCUAAAUUACAGCAGAAGGAAAUUUGCAACGAAUAAGGAAAUUUAAGAAUUCCUUCUAUAGAGGAGACAAAUUCGCUGUCCUACCAAAACAAUAAAACACAAUAGGGAACAUUCUAUUCUUAAUUGCUUUGACUUCGUUUAUGCCUAGAAUAGAUUUUCCAUUUUGUAUCAGUUUGAAAGUACAUUACAUUUUUUUUUUCACAUUUCAGGAGAAAAAUGUAGUAAGGCUACAUGCCAUCAAUAACUCAAGAGUUUGUACACAAAAAUGCUUCGUUUCUUGGUGUAAAUGCACUGCGGCUUUGGAGAUGAGAUUUUAUGAAGUUUCUUCUUGAUGGACUGCUCGUUCUACAGCAGUGAUAAGAGGGUUGGGUAGAACGACAUUCAAUACUUUAGUGUCUAGUCAUUUCUCUAGUAAAUUUUCAUCAAGUCAUUUCUAGUUAUCGCUCUGAUGGACGUGAAAUCAACAAAAGCUUCUCCGAUUCUUACUGGUUCUCAACCUAUAAACAAGUCCCGGCUCGGGAUACAUUCUAGUCACUUGCCUUAUUCACAAUCGAGCCCCACAUAUUCAAAUAACAUUCUGGCAGUUUCGAGGAAGAAGCCUGGAACAUUUGACGAUGUUCAGUCCAAUGUUUGGCUUGAAGCAAUGAGAUCAUCAUCACCUCCGAGAAAAAAGAUUCUUAAGGAUUUCACCGAUGAGGAGGUUGCUUCUGAUGAUGGAGAUAUCAUUUAUCGUGCUUGGACAAUUAAAUACCCAUCAGCGCUUAAUUCCUUCCAACAAAUCAUGAACCGUGCAAAAAAUAGGAAGUUAGUGGUGUUUUUAGAUUAUGAUGGAACUCUUUCCCCCAUUGUAGAUAAUCCUGACCGUGCAUUUAUGUCUGCUGAUAUGCGUUCUGCUGUUAAGAGAGUGGCAAAGUAUUUCCCUACAGCCAUCAUCAGUGGAAGAAGCCGUGAUAAGGUUUAUGAGUUAGUAGGACUAAAAGAACUCUACUAUGCUGGUAGUCAUGGCAUGGACAUCAUUUUCCCUCCCGAAGACAUGGCCUCUGGAAACCGUUCAAAUUGUACUAAAUCUACUGAUCGACAGGUGCUCCCAAUCUACGUUGGAGAUGACACAACUGAUGAAGAUGCAUUUAAGGUGUUGCAGUUGGGGAAUCGUGGUUAUGGAAUUCUUGUAUCAGCUGUCCCGAAAGAAACCAAUGCUUUCUUCUCUCUGAGGGAUCCUUCAGAGGUCAAGGAAUUCCUGGAGUCUUUGGUGAGCAUGAAGCAACAGCUGCAAGUUUGAAGAUGAUCUCAGAAUGGCUGAGUGAUGUGUUUAUCGUACACCUAUUUUAUCUUGGACUAGAUGUCACAUGAAUUAGCCUCUGAAUCUUUUUUUAAUUAUUAUUUGUUACUAAAGAAUUUUCUUUUGCAUUUUAUGAAGCUUUGGUUCUGUUUUCUUGAUGGAAGAAAGGUUCUAAUAA